AAGCAUACAAGAAGUAAUGGUAUCUACUGUUGUGGCCCGGAGACGAAGGAGGAAAUGGAAUUUGCAGCUCUAUACGGCAACAAUGCAGUAAUUAGACUUUCACCCCAAUUCCCACCCAACAAUUCUCUCUAUUUUCCCUCCACCCCUUGUAAGCUUACCCCAACUCUCAAGAACCCAUUUUCUUCUUCUUCAUUCAGAUUGAAUUGUUAUGGCCGAGGCUACGGGGAUGAAGGGCCUCUCUCCACUUCACUGGCUUAUGAUAUUCUUGGCGUUACACCCAAUUGCUCUCCAGACCAAAUCAAAGCUGCUUUCCGCGCAAGGGUUAAGAAGUUCCAUCCUGAUGUGAGAAAAGAUGGUGAAAAUUCAGAUUUAAUGAUCAGACGUGUUAUUGAAGCUUAUGAGAUGUUAUCUGCCUACACAAUGUCUGAAAUUAUUGAAAGUGAAUGUUUGGAUCCCUUUGAUGAACCGGAAUGUGAAGCAUUUGAUCUGUUUGUUAAUCAGACUGUUUGCAUUGGAAAAGGUUGUUACAGUUCAUGUGUGAAGAAAGCACCUCACACGUUUAGCAUUUCCUCUUUAACAGGAUUGGCUCAGGCAACUGCACAAGGGAAAGGUGAAGAUUAUGAAGUUCAGGUUGCAGUGGGACAGUGCCCCAAGAGCUGCAUACAUUACGUUACACCUUCUCAAAGAGUCAUUCUAGAGGAGUUGCUGAACAGCAUCAUAAACAAACCGUAUGAUACUUCAGCAGAGGCAGAAUUGCUCUACACCCUAAUUGUCAAAGCUCAGUUUGAGAACAACCGCUACAAGAAGCCAAAGAAGGAGCCGAAGGUCUCAACCAAACACGUCGACUGGUUCUAAAGCUAGGAUUCAGUUAGAUCAAUUGCUGUAGGUCACAAUCUGCUCCCUAAGACGUGUAAUAUCACUCCAGUAAUCUGCUUCUUCUCGUUAAGAACUAUAUAGACCAUUUAUGAUCCCAUGGAUCACUAACAUAAAAAACUUGUUUUGUUUGAGAUAACAAUAUGAAGCAUCGUUCUUAUGACCUUUCUUAUUCAAAUCUACAAGUGUAAAUUCAAACUCA